AGCUGAUUCUACUGGCUUGGGACGGUGCGCGUGCUUGAUACACCCGGACCUGCAUCAUGUCGUUGCACGAUCAGCUGCUGGCAGACCUGGAUGACCUCGAGGACGAGGAAGAUGAUUUGGAGGAGACUGAGGAGGGCGAGGCCGGCGUCGAGGGCGAGGAUGAGGAUGAUGAGGUCCAAGAGCAGGACGCCAUGGAGGUUGACCUACAACAGCUCAAGGAUGAUUCAGUCAAAAGUAUUGCCAAACUAGCUGAAGGCGCACAGUUGCGACGUAUCUUGGAACGUAUUGACCAUUAUCAGAGCAUGCCCGAACGAACUAUUGUGGGGCCUGUGGAGGAGGACGAAGAGUACAAACUGAUCGUCGAGGCCAACAACAUCACGGCUGAAAUUGACAACGAGAUUGGCGUGAUCCACAAGUUUGCCCGAGAUCACUACGCACCCCGCUUCCCCGAACUGGAGCAGCUGGUUCAGGGUUCGCUGGAUUAUGCGCGGACAGUCAAAUUGCUCGGAAACGAACUUGACGCCGGUCAGCCUGCCAUCCAUGAGACGCUGCCGCCCGCCACCGUCAUGGUUGUGAGCGUCACGGCUUCAACAACCCAAGGUGAGGAGCUGAGUGAAGAGGCUCUGGCUCGCGUUAUCGAGGCUUGCGACUUGAUGCUGCAGCUCCAGGAAUCCAAGGAAAAAAUCUAUGCCUACGUCGAGAGCAAAAUGCACUUGCUGGCUCCCAACAUUACACACAUCUGUGGCGUGUCAAUCGCGGCCAAGCUUCUGGGUAUCGCUGGCGGCUUGACUGCGCUGUCCAAAAUGCCCGCCUGCAACAUUUUGUUGCUCGGCAGCCAAAAGAAGGUGGCAACGGGCUUUUCAGCGGCCACCAAUCUUCCCCAUACCGGUCACAUCUUCUACAGUGAUGUUGUUCAAGGCCAGCCACCCGAAAGUCGGCGCAAGUGCGCCCGCCUCGUAGCCGGCAAGCUCGCCCUCGCCGCUCGCGUGGACGCCAUGCGCGAGUCCAAGAUCACGGGCGCAACUGUUGGCCUCAAGCUUCGAGAGGAGAUUGAGAAAAAGAUGGAGAAAUUUCUCGAGCCUCCGCCGGUCAAGAACGUUAAAGCUCUGCCCAAGCCCGAUGAAGCACCUCGGAAAAAGCGUGGUGGCAAGCGCUUCCGCAAGAUGCGAGACAAGUAUGCCAUGACGCGGGCGCGCAAGGCAGCCAAUCGCAUGGGCUUUGGCGAGUUGGAAGAGGAUGAGUUCCAGGAUGAGGCACAGGUGAACAAGGUUCUCAAGGAAAAGGGCUCUGUGCGAGUGACGGAACAGAAGCAAAAGGGUGGCGCCAUUUCCAAGCGCAUGCAGAAGCGGCUGCAGCAAGAGUCGGGCCUCAUGACCACGUUGCGCAACUCUUCAGUUGCCGGCACGGCCUCAGUAUCAUUCACGCCCCUGCAGGGCUUGGAGAUUGUGACAACCCAAGCGAAAAAGGCAAAGACUGACGACGGCAAGUACUUUAGUGGUGGUAUGCAGUUUGUCAAUGUUCAAAAGUGAUGGGUCACGGUGCAGGAAUUGACAGACGCUUGUCAAA